AUGUAUCCCGGAUGGACAGGCGAUGAUUCGUACUGGGCGGGCGCCGGCACAACAGCUCCCGCUUCAUCCGGCACAUCUGCCUCGUCGACGGCUUCGUCCACCGCCGCCGCUGCAGCCGCUGCCAAUAAUUUGAAGACAUACGAACUCUACAAUCACACCUACAUGAACAAUAUGAAGCACAUGCUGGCUGCAGGCUGGAUGGAUAAUUCUACUAAUCCAUUUGCCUACAAUCCCCUUCAAGCCACGUCAGCGAAUUUCGGAGAGUCUCGCACAUCAAUGCCAGCAAUCUCACAGCCAGUUUUUCCAUGGAUGAAAAUGGGCGGCGCCAAAGGAGGUGAAUCGAAGAGAACCCGUCAAACAUAUUCAAGGAGUCAGACACUGGAACUCGAGAAGGAAUUCCAUUAUCAUAAGUAUUUGACACGAAAACGGAGACAAGAGAUCUCGGAGACACUUCAUUUGACUGAGAGACAGGUAAAAAUCUGGUUCCAAAACCGCCGUAUGAAGCACAAAAAAGAGGCAAAAGGCGAAGGUGGCAGCAAUGAAUCGGAUGAGGAAUCGAAUCAAGAUGAGCAAAAUGAGCAACAUUCUUCUUGA